AUGAUCCAGUACCAGAACGCCACCCAUGUAUACCAGCAGACCAGAUGGCGAAUCGAUGACGACCAGUCAUCAAGCGAGGGCGACGUCACCCUCGACGGUUCCGAAGAGCCGGUGCGAGUUGGAGUCCUAAUCCGAAAGACCAAGAUAUACAUAGAAUGCCUUGGAGAUAUUGGCGCUUCGCUGAGCUGCCCUGCUCCCGAUGAUCUGGGAGACGAAGAGACGAACAGCUUGGGCCUUGAACAACGCUCCGCUGCAGACUACCACACAGACCGCCUGAGAGCUAAAUUCCCUUCAGCUGAGAUUGACUUACUCGAAUGUCUUGGUAGAUCGAGCUGGGACAGAUAUCAACGAAUGCAACAUGAGCGUGAGCUUAAUACACAACGCCAAGAUAUCACGAUACCUGGCAGCAAGUCCCGUGCUGUGUAUUCAGAGUUCCAGGAUUCGGGACUAGGUACAUCGAUUCCAGCCGGUGCUUCUUCUUACGCAGCGACCGUGGUGUCACUCAUGUCGAGCGUGGCAGGAGGUAAACGGGUCGAAAUCCCACCUUUGUCGGCUGAGGCUAAGUUAGGAGAGCCGUUUGAAUGCAUUGCUUGUGGUAAGCUUAUUCGGUUGACAAAUGAUCGUCACUGGAGGUCACAUUUUUAUGCUGAUCUUCAACCCUACACGUGUUUUUUUGUAGACUGUGGCUUCGGUUCAAAGUCAUUUGGAACCAUCAAGCUCUGGUCGAUACACUUAGAGCUUGAGCACGGGUAUGGCCCAGAGUGGACUUCCACACCGUGUCCUUUCUGCCUCAAUCCUACUGGUAAUGGCAAAAAGAUGAUCCUUGGUCAUUUCGCCCAGCACAUGGAAGACAUAGCUAUGACAGCUGUUCCUCUGGAUGUUCAUUCCGAUGACGAGUCUAGCACA